AUGGAAAAAGAGGAAUCAAAAAACACAUCUUCAAAAAAAAAGACAUAUUCUGACUAUAACCAUGCAAUUAGUGGAGGAAUUUCUGGAUUUUCAGCUCGUCUUUUUAUUUCGCCUUUUGAUGUAGUUAAAAUACGUUUGCAGCUUAGAACAUAUCCAUCAUCUUAUUCAAAAGAAUUGAAUCAUAAAAUUCUUCCAUAUCAUGGAAUUAUUAGCUCAGUUAAGCAUAUUAUUCAUCAAGAAGGAAUAUUCGCUCUAUGGAAGGGGAAUUGCUCAGCUCAGAUUUUAUAUAUGGUUUAUGGAGCAACGCAAUUUUUUACGUAUGCAAAAUGCAAAUCUUUAUUGGAUAAUAUUUUUCCAGAAAAAAAAUAUAAUUCUGGCAAAUCAUUUAUAUCAGGCGCUAUUGGAGGAGCACUAGGAACAAUAGCAUCUUAUCCGUUUGAUCUCUUGAGGACUCGAUUUGCAGCACAAGGGAAAUCUAAAAUAUAUUUAUCAAUUCCUCAAUCAAUUCGAUCAAUAUACAUUUCAGAAGGAAUUAGGGGAUUUUAUCGUGGAAUAAAUGUGUCUCUUGUACAAAUAAUGCCUUAUAUGGGGAUUGUGCUUGGAAUAUAUGAAAGCAGCAAAGUGUAUAUACCGAAGACGGGCCAUUUCUCAUAUUGGGGUGAUGCAUUUCUUGGAAUUGUAUCAGGAACUAUCGGAAAAACCAUUGUUUUUCCGUUAGAUGUAAUUAGAAAAUGCCUACAAGUUCAAGGCCCAACAAGGACAAAAUAUUUUUACGAAGAUAUUCCUAUUUAUAAUAGAAUUAUGAAAACAGGGAUAAUCAUUUUUAAAACCGAAGGAUUUUUAGGCCUCUAUAAAGGAUGGUGGGUAUCCAUUUUAAAAGCAGCACCUUCUACAGCAAUUACAUUCUGGACUUAUGAAAAAUCUCUCAACUUCAUUAAUACAUUAGAACAAAAGAAUAAUAAAAAACUAUCAUAG